UUCACUGCGCAUGCGCAAGUAAAAUACAAGAUGGCGGAGAGUGCGGAACUGAAGCAAAUGGUGAUGAGCCUGCGGGUGUCGGAGCUGCAGGUGCUGCUGGGCUACGCCGGGCGCAACAAGCACGGACGCAAGCACGAGCUGCUGACCAAGGCGCUGCAUCUGCUGAAGGCCGGCUGCAGCCCCGCCGUGCACAUGAAGGUCAAAGAGCUCUACCGGCGCCGCUUCCCCGCCAAGAUGGUGUCCCACUCGGAGCUGGCCAUGCCCGGGCCGCACCACCCGGCCACGGCCGGCCUUGUCGGCGGAGGGGGCGCCGCGCUGCCCGCCGGCCUGACGCAGCUGGCCUACGAGAGUCACGGCGGCGCCCCGUCGCCCGCCGCCUUGCUGCCCCUCUCGCUGCUGGGCCCCGGGAAGCACGAGCUGACCGGGCUGACGCACCACCUGUCCGGCUCGUCCACGCUGCACCCGGUCCACCCGGACGUCAAGCUGCAGCGGCUGCCCUUCUACGACAUGCUGGACGAGCUCAUCAAGCCAACCAGUCUAGCCUCGGACAACAGCCAGCGAUUUCAGGAGACGUGUUUCGCCUUUGCGUUGACGCCACAACAAGUCCAGCAGAUCAGCAGCUCGAUGGACAUCUCGGGGACCAAAUGUGAUUUUUCAGUGCAAGUCCAGUUGCGGUUUUGCCUGUCGGAGACCAGCUGUCCUCAGGAAGACCAUUUCCCGCCCAAUCUGUGUGUGAAAGUCAACGGGAAGCCGUGCAACCUGCCGGGUUAUCUCCCUCCAACCAAAAACGGCGUGGAGCCUAAGCGGCCCAGCCGGCCCAUCAACAUUACCUCACUGGUCAGAUUGUCCACCACCGUCCCCAACACCAUCGUGGUGUCGUGGACCGCUGAGAUCGGAAGGAGUUACUCCAUGGCGGUGUACUUGGUGAAGCAGCAGUCAUCCACAGUGUUGUUGCAGAGACUACGAGCAAAAGGCAUCAGAAACCCGGACCACUCCAGAGCCCUCAUCAAAGAGAAGCUGACAGCAGACCCAGACAGCGAAAUCGCCACCACCAGCCUUCGGGUGUCGCUGCUCUGCCCGCUGGGGAAGAUGCGGCUGAUGAUCCCAUGCCGGGCGCUGACAUGCUCCCACCUGCAGUGCUUUGACGCCACACUGUACAUCCAGAUGAACGAGAAGAAGCCCACCUGGGUUUGUCCUGUCUGUGACAAGAAGGCCCCCUACGAGCACCUCAUCAUCGACGGGCUUUUCGUGGAGAUCCUCAACAGCUGCAUGGACUGUGACGAGAUCCAGUUCAAGGAGGACGGCAGCUGGGCCCCCAUGAGGUCGAAGAGGGAAGUGCAGGAGGUCUCCUCCGCCUCCUACAACGGACUGGACGGUUCGCGUCGGACGUCCGCAGGCUCCGAUCAGCUGAGCUCCUCGUCCUCCAGCGAUGGCAGCAGCGGCAAGAAAGUGGAGGUGAUCGACCUGACGCUGGACAGCUCGUCGGAGGACGAGGGAGAGGACUCGCCGCCCCCGCAGCCGCAGCCGCCGCCCCCGCUGCCCCCGAUGCCCCAGCGGUCGUGUCCCUCCAUGUCACCGACCUCGCCGCCCAUCGCCAACAAAGGGGUGUUGAACCUGCACCACCAGGUGUCUCCCGUGAGCCGCACUCCCAGCAUGCCAGGCGUGGACACCAGCUACAUCCCCCCGGUGCCGCCACUCAUCCAGGACUACAGACCCUACUACCACACGCCCAACGACCUGUCGGAGUUGAACUUCUUCUCUUUUCUUCAAGGCGACAAUCAUCAGCAUUACAACAUGGUGAUGGCAGCCGCAGCCGCCGCUUCGGCCUCGGACGACCACGAGCUGCUCCUCAACCGCUUCCUGCCCUACGGCACCUCCUCCUCCUCCUCCCAGCUGUUCCUCGACCAGUCGGGGGCCUCCUCGGCCGCUUCGCUGACGGCGCCGACCAACGGGGCGAGCAGCUCGGGCAGCAGCAGCAGCCUGGUGUCGUCCAGCAGCCUCCGCGACACUCACUCCGCGCACUCCUCGUCGCACUCCUCGCUCUCCUCGCACACACACCCGGGGGGCGUGGCCGGCCGGAGCGGCGCCGAGGCGGCGGCGGUGGCCGCGGCUAUUUACGGCGGGAUACCCGACGUCAUAUCGUUGGACUGACCCGAGAUGGGUGGAGACUGCGCUCUGGGUCCAGCUGCGAUCCAGCGACAAACCUUGUGACUGCAGGGUACGGUUUGGAUCCAGGAAUUAGCCCCCCCCCCCCCCCCCCAUCCCCAUUUCUCCCCCCGAGUUAUCGAACUGGGAACAACUGUGGCGACGCCGCCUCAAAAAGAGCACUAAUGUUGUGAGCGGGCGCCGUCCCAGGACUGACCCGAGAACAGUACAGAGUCAUCGCUCAGAGGGGUCGGCUGGGGACGUUCUGUCUCGGAUCAGGAGCCGGUCCAGCACGUAACUGGUACCAACCCGGCGCUGACAGCAGAGACGCCACCUGAGAAAAAAACACAAAAAAGGGGAAGGCUCUUUUUUACCAAACCAAGGAGUGGCGCCGUGUACAGAGAACAAAAUCUAUUUUCCUCUUUUACUUUUCUAUGUUAUGGGGACUUUUUCCGUCUAGUGAGCUGCUUCGAUCCCGGUUUUUAAGUGGAGGACUGAGGGUUUUUUUCAGAAGCUUAUACAUAUGCAUCCUGCCAUGUGGUUUUGUUUCUCUUCUUUUUUUUUAUUCUGCUUGCAUUUAGUUUUAUUUGCAUUUCUGCAAAACAAACUUCAAUUCUCUUUCUCACCUGCUCGAGUUGUAUAAUUUCUCUGUCCAAUGACAAGAACACUGAAUUUUAGUCAUAUGCUAAUACUUUUAUUACGCUUUUAAGUUAUGUGUAUUUAAACAGUCAUACAAAACAAGGAUAUAUAUAUACAUAUAUAUAUUUAUAUGUAUGCAUUCCCUUUGACCUGCAGGUUGAUGCCGUGGGGAUCGUGCAGGUGGAGAUGAGCCGUUUCUGGUUUCUCAAUUUCUCUUUUCUCUUGAUUUCCAACUCCUCACAAAGUCUCGGCAUACAGCAUUUAGUAAGGGAGACUUUUAGACUAUUUAUUACGGCCACAUUAGAGUUUUGAGCUGGAAGAGUUUCUUUUUGUGUCCUUUUUUUUUUUGCACUAUGCCAAAAAUAAGACACGGUACUUAUGAAAAUCCUCGCGUUAAUCCGAGUGCAGUUGGAUCCGUGUGCCACAGUGUUUCCAGUCCGCGUCCACUUCUUCCGUCCCUGCCCAUCAUUCAUUCAGAGACUUCAAAUGUCCUCUCGGUGUCGUCGUCGUCCUGCUCGUCAGCGCGACGAAGGCCGAGCUGUCGUAGCAGCCUUUUAAAGGCCGGCGUCCGUGGCAUGUGACCAAGUUUAUACUGGUGCCUGUUUGUGUGCUCGCCUCACAGCGCGUCGGGGACGUUUGAGUCGUCACGCUCAAAAGAAUGUCUUAAAGUUCAACCGAGUCCCUCCGUUAAGCUCCGGACUUGCGACCCACGUCUUUGGCGUUAUCCAGCGAGUUCAUCGUUUGGGGGGGAAACGGCUUGUGGGAAAAGGAAGGAGGGAGAUCUCAGCACGCCAACGUAGACGGGGCUCAGAGGUCACUGGUUUAAAAAGUAAAAAAAGAUGCAAAGAAAGCCACAAGGUCGUCGGGGGGGGGGGGGCGAUGGGAAAGCGUCAAAGCGAGGCAGAGCCCCUCGAUCCAGCUCAUGAAUGUAUUGUGGUAUUUUGAGAGUGGACACACAUCAGCUUCAAACAUUCCCGUCUUUUAAGUUUGUCCUCAAUUGUCCACUUCCAGACAUCUGAGGCACGGAGUUCAUUUCUCACAAGCCGAACUGUGUGUGUGUGUGUGUGUGUGUGUGUGUGUGUGUGUGUGUGUGUGUCCCCAUGAAAUAAUCCCCUCUGACAGCUUGAGCGGACACCCCGUCGUGCCCUUCAACCAACUGGGAGCGUCGCCCAACGCGGCCCUCUUCUCUACCGACACCUUUCAUUUCCCUCCCUGCUCUUCUCCUGCGGUGGAACCUGCGGCUCUCACACUGAACCAGUCCCGCGUCGUGCAGUAUUUUAUUUAUUUUGUGUUCUUAUUUCUACAUAUGAUAUUUUUGAAACAUGGCUUGAUUUCCACGGGUGAGCGCGUCAGUCACUGUCACUUGGGAGCUGUUGUUUUUAAAUUGUCUUUAUUUAAAAUGUAUUUUAUUUUUGUUUGUCAGAAGCUGUUUUUGUUUUUAAAGGUACGGAUUAGUUAUUCGUCGUAGAAAGACCCCUGUGUGUUCUCUCAGUAGCUCACAUGAGUAAAUAUGGUAAGAAUAACGAGGACACAAAGCACAUGUUCAUUUCAUCAUGAAUGAUUUCCAGAUGUUUUAUUAAUUCCUGUUGCUGACCAGGUCACCGGGGGCGUAUGUGAUUAGUUAACGCUUAAUAGAUUCUAUUAAUGAACUCAAAGUUACUUCACUUAUUCAUUUAUCUGAAUAAUCUCUGGUAUUGUUGUCAGGUCAUUGAGGUCAGUUGCUUCCCCACUUAAAUAUCUCCAUUAAAGGGACACUUAUGUACAGACCUCCUCGUUCCCAGAGGAUGAAACACAACUUACUGUGCAGAUCCUGACAUCGUUUCACAUACUGUACUGAGCUGUACUGAUUGGCACACGUCAACAUGCUGCUGAACAUUGUACCUGGUGAACAUCUGCACGUUAGCAUCGAUCAUCCUAUUCCGACAUGACGUAACUUUUAAGCUCAUCACCUGAAUGUCCGUCAUGCGUGAACUCAUCCCAUAAUUCACCACACACCCUGGUUUGUUUCACGCAUCAAAUCACGGUGAGCCUGUGUGUUUGUACCUUCGUAUUAUGAAGAGUUACCCAGACGUUCUACACUGAAGAUGAAUCGCCAGUGUGUGAAGGCGUGACAAUGAAUGCAUGAAUCUGACCACGACUUCAUUUAUCUCAAACUUCCACACGCUGGGCUCUGCAUGGGCUUACCGACUGGUCUCAAAGCUCCAUCCUGUGGUGCACACUCGCCAGAUGUCUGAGGGAGGAACUGUCAUUAUUAUGCUGGGGGGGGGUGGGGGGGUGUUAAUUUUUUGGUGAAGUAACAGAUUGCAUGCAGGGAUGGACAAGCGAGAUGCUGCUGCCUGGAGUCCCACAUGUGUGCGCAGUACCUGCAGAGCGUUUUUUUUGGGCAGCAGCUUACGUGUUUGUCACGACGUCUCGCCGUGGUCAAAAGGGAAACGUCCAGCGUGUGUGUUUUGUGUCCGUAUGAAAACCCGAGAGUUGGGAUCCAAACGUGGGUGCCUGAUGUCCGUUUGUAUGCUUUUUGUGUGUCAAUUCAGAGCAAGAGAAUAAAUUAAUUUAUAUAUUUUUUAGAAAAUAACAGCUGUACUAUUAUUAAAAAAAAAAGGACUGUGGCCAAUAAACAAGAGCAAGGAUCUACAAGUCGGGCUUAAGUUGAUAUCUGCACUCACUGCCUUAAAACAUUCACAGGUUCUGUUUCACGGGUCCAAUCCCAGAAAAAUCAUAAAAAGGCUUUUGGAGGAGUCAACGAGAGGACGUGUACAGGAGACCCUUGUCAGUUUGUACAAAUAUACCAAGUGUAAAAAAAAGAAAAUAUUUAUUACCUGCAUUGAAGAAAUUGUUUACUUAUUGAAUGUUACUUGUUUAUGUAGAGACGUUUAGAUGUAAUAAAAUGCAUUAUGUUA